AUGCAAUUAGCGUUUGAAGGUUUGAGGUUGAAGCCGCUUUCGACUCUCCUCAUCAAGACCGUCUUAUCAACGCCCCCCGUGCCUAUGGAGUACCAGGAAAGUUCAUUCGCCUGCUUGAUGAUACGAAUCAACGAACAACUGCUGCAGCUCGAACCACAUGCCGGAUGUACGACACCAUCUGAGGUGGCAACUAGAGUAAGACAAGAGCCAGUGGCAGGAACCUUAUUGUUCAAUUUAGCCAUCGACGAUAUUAUGCGAAGAACAGUAGAUCAGUGUCCUGCCGAUAUCAUCUUAGCACCAUCAGGACGCCCAUUGACCGAUCUCGAGUACGCCGAUGAUGUUGUUGUAUAUUGCGGAAAACAGUCCAAAACUGUAACAUGUUAUCAACCUGUAGAGCUAUGUUCGAAGACGGCAUACCUCGACGAAGAUGCGGGUAAUCGCGUCAGGCAAUGA